CCAUGAAGGCUGCUUUAGAUCUCAGCCCCUGGAAAAGGUUUUGCUGGCUGCUCCUCAGCGUCUUGGUGAAUUCUGGACUUAAAUCCUGUCGGGCAGUUCCCAUUGUCGGAGGUCGCAUCGUGUCAACCGUGGGCAGCAGCACAAGUAAAUAUCCCUUCAUGGUCUCACUGCAAGAUGUUAUCCCGGGAAAUACCACGAGUGGAGCUUCCUAUCGACACUUUUGCGGGGGCAGCCUGAUAAGCGAUCGCUGGAUUCUGUCCGCAGCCCACUGCGUUUGGAGGAAAAACAUUCACAAUAUUGCUGCCUUCAUUGGCUAUGAGAAUAUUGAAAACAUUGGGCAGCUGGAACCAUAUGGUCUGGAGAGUGCGGAGUAUAUUUACUUCCAACCAUCAAACUUCAGGAACGAUAUAGCUUUGCUUUACAUGAGACGGCGCUACUGGAGUCCUCCGAGCAAUGGCCUACAAUUUGCACAGCUGCCUCCCCAAGGAAUGAAACCAGACCAGAAUGAAUCCUGUCGCAUUAUUGGCUAUGGAGCCACACAGCAUGCUGGUCCAUGCCAAAAGAAACUGUUCGAGGCCGAAGUUCGGGUGAUUGACAAUCAAAAGUGUCGGGAUAUCAUAGGACAUAUCUGGGCGCCACAGAACGGAGCGAAUACGGUGUGUGCCCUGGGCAACAACCAGGACUCCUGUCAGGGAGAUUCGGGCGGUCCCCUGAUCUGUCCUUAUGGGGGCAAGGACUAUAUCUACGGCCUGGUGUCCCACGGACUGACCUGCGGCAUCCAGGGAAUGCCCAGCAUCUACACAGUGACCAGACCCUACUACGAUUGGGUCCAACUGCUGAUGCAGUCGUCCUAGAUCUCUGCUGAUCACGUA